AUGCUAUACUUAUACCUCGCCGUCGGAUCAGAGGCAAUCAGCGCGGCCCUAGUCAAGGAGUCAACAGAAGGACAAAAGCCUGUCUAUUUUAUCAGCAAAGUCUUACAAGGAGCGGAGCUCCGGUACCAGCAAGUCGAGAAGGUAGCAUUAACACUCAUUUUUGCUGCAAGGCGUUUAAGGCCGUACUUCCAGUGCCACCCAAUCACUGUCAGAACAAACCAGCCAAUUCGACAAGUGUUGCAUAAGCCAGACCUCGUCGGAAGAAUGAUGUCGUGGGCGAUAGAACUAUCAGAAUACCAGAUCGCCUACGAACCAAGAACGGCUAUUAAGGCCCAAGCCUUGACAGAUUUCAUCGCUGAAAUGACUCCAAACCCCCAUCCGGAGAAGUAUGCAACUGAAACGCCUACAGCUGGUAACUGGAAAUUAUACGUUGAUGGCUCUUCGAACGCCAAAGGAUCGGGCGCUGGGAUGAUAGUCGAGAACCCAGAUGGCGUAGCACUCGAACAUUCUCUGACCUUUGACUUCAACGCUACGAACAAUCAGGCAGAAUAUGAGGCCAUAAUAGCAGGACUGCUCCAAGCAAAAGAAAUGGGCGCCAGAUGCCUUAAAGUCUUCACAGAUUCUCAACUGGUAGCUUUCCAGAUCUCAGGCGAAUACCAAACCAAGGGACCAUUAAUGUGCAGGUACUUGGAGAAGGUAAAAGAGUUGAUUGAAAGUUUUGAAGCUGUUGAAAUAGAGCAUAUAAGGCGAUAUGAAAAUACACGAGCGGAUAUCCUCGCCAAGUUGGCAAGCACCAAAAGCCCAGGGAACAACAGAUCGGUAAUCCAGCACAACAUGCCAAGCCCGUGCAUCGUAAUGAGCAUUUCUAACCACCCAGGGGACGCCACUGAGGAAACCUGGGCAACGCCUAUCAUCAACUACUUGGCCGAAUGGGUGUUACCCUCGGAUAGGAGUGAAAGUCAAAAGCUAAUACGGCGGUGCGCACAUUUCUGCCUAGUAAAGGGAUGUUUAUACAAGCGGGGGACCUCUACCCCACUCCUGAAGUGUUUGAACCCUAAUGACGUCCAGUACGUAAUUGAAGAAAUUCAUGAAGGUAUCAACGGCCAUCACAUAGGCGGUCACUCACUGGUAAAGAAGGCGUUAAGAGCAGGGUUUUACUGGCCAACCAUGGAAUGUGAUGCUCAUGAGCAUGUAAAGAAAUGCGAAAAGUGCCAAAGAUUUGCUGACAUACACAGAGCACCACCCGAAGAAUUAGCAUCGAUCACAUCUCCAUGGCCGUUCUACAAGUGGGGAAUUGACAUCCUCGGGCCUUUCCCUAAGGCGGCUGGGCAAAUCCAGUGGUUGAUCGUCGCCAUUGACUACUUCACCAAAUGGGUAGAGGCAGAACCCUUAGUUACUAUCACGUCCCAAAAAGAAAGAAGGUUCUUCUGGAGAAGCAUUGUCUACCGAUUUGGUAUCCCGGGGGAUGUCAUCAUUGAUAACGGCACUCAAUUUACUGACGCCAAGUUCCGAGCAUUGAUGAACAGUCUACAGAUUAGACAUCACUUUACCGCUGUAGAACACCCUCAAUCCAACGGCUUGGUAGAAUCUACAAACAAAAUGUUGGGGAAAGGAAUCAAGAAGAGGUUGGAAACCCACAAAGGAGCAUGGUUGGAAAAUCUAGACAACGUCCUAUGGGGGUACAGAACUACCGCCCAGUCCUCCACCAGAGAAACGCCUUUCAGGCUGACAUACGGUUCCGAAGCCAUGAUAUCAGUGGAGAUAGGCGAGCCUUCAUGGCGACUUGAGCACGUGACAGAGGUCAUCAACAACCAGCACUUGAAAGAAGCGUUGGCCUGCUGGACGAAGUAA